AUCAGACCAAUGUCUUUCUCUGUGGUCCUUCAUCCAGCCUUCCUCUUGGUAGUGCUGUCCCUGAAAACAUCCCUAAGUGAAGUCUUGGGUGAGACUUUCCAGUUGACUCCUGAGAUACUUACUGUUUCUGUUCAGUCUAAACUUCAGCAAGUGAAUUUACAGUGGACUGUUCCAAACCUUACUCAUCAAGAAUUAAAAAUGGUAUUUCAAAUAGAGAUCAGUAGAAUUAAUACAUCUAACAUCAUCUGGGUGGAGAAUUACAGCACUACUGUGAAGUGGAACCAAGUUCUGCAUUGGAACUGGAAGUCUGAGAUCCCUUUGGAAUGUGUAACACAUUUCAUAAGAAUCAGGGCUAUGGAAGCCGAUGGCAAGUCUUGGAGCAACUGGAGUUCCUGGAAAGAAGUUAGUGUACAAGUUUCAAUUGCACCAAAUAUGUUAUUAAUAUUUCCUGAAAAUAAGCUAUUGGAAGAAGGCUCCAAUGUCACCAUGUGUUUACUGCAUGGACAGUAUCUGUAUAAUGUAUCCUGUAUGUUGCAAGAAGAGCCAAUCCUUGGAGAACAGCUUGAUUCACGAGUGUCACUAAUAAAGUUGAAUAACGUUGUUUUCCUUAGCGACUCAGGGACAAACAUCUAUUGUCAAGCUAUGAAUGCCACCAAAAAACUAUUUGGUACUGUCCUCUUUGUCUCAAAAGUGCUUGAGGAGCCCAAGAAUUUUUCCUGUGAAACCCAAGACUUUAAGACUUUGAAAUGUUCCUGGGAACCCGGGGUAGACACUGCUUUGGCCUGGUCUCAACAAGAUCCUCAAAGCUACACUUUAUAUGAAUCGUUCUCUGGGAGACGUGAGGUUUCUGACCAUAGAAAUUCACAUAACUGGAAAAUAACUGAAGAUUCACAGGAAACAUAUAACUUCACACUCACAACUGAAAACAAGCUAAGGAAAAGAAGUGUCAACAUCAUUUUUAACCUGACCCACAGAGUUCAUCAAAAAGCUCCCCAUGAUGUCACCCUGGAAACUAUAGAUGCUACAAAAGCCAACAUGACCUGGAAGGUGUACUCCCGUGGAGACAACUACUUACUUUUGUGUCAGGUUGAACUCCAACAUGAAAGAGAAGUGAUACAUGAGCACAAGGUUUCCGUCCACAUGAGUGCAAGCUACCUCUUCAGUGAUCUGGAGCCGGACACAGAGUACAAGGCUCGUGUGCGCUGUGCAGAUGCCAACCACUUCUGGAAAUGGAGUGACUGGGCUCAAAAGGAGUUCAGCACACCUGAGGCUGCUCCAUCACAGGCUCUUGAUGUAUGGAGACAAGUGCGGUCAGAGAAUGGAAGUCAUGUUGUGACCUUAUUCUGGAAGCCACUAUUAAAAUCACAGGCCAAUGGCAAAAUCAUAUCCUAUAAUAUAGUUGUAGAAAACCAAGACCAACCAUCUGAGUCAGAACACUACUCUGUCCGGGCACCAACCCUUGGCACACAACUGAUCCUUGACCAGAGUUCUUACAAGAUUCACAUCACAGCUAACAACAGCGUGGGUAUGUCGCCUGAGUCAGUGAUGGCCCUUUCUAAUGAUUCCGGACAUGAAGAGGUCCAUGAAAAAAGAAUUAAAGGUACAAAGGAUGGAUUCCAUAUUUCUUGGGAGCCCUUCUCUGAAGAUGCUUUAGGCUAUGUUGUGGAUUGGUGUGCACAUUCCCGGGACCAACACUGUGAUUUGCAAUGGAAGAACCUAGGUCCCAAUAUCACAAGCACCAACAUCAGCUCAGAUGCUUUUAAACCAGGGGUCCGGUACACCUUCAGAAUUUUUGAAAAAUCUACGCAACAGAAUGCUCAGUUACUAGAGAAACAAACAGGAUAUACUCAGGAACUUGCUCCUCUGGAGAACCCGAAAGUGACCAUUAGUAACUUUACCUCCAACUCCUUCAUCUUGAGCUGGCCAACUUAUGACAGCAACUUCCAGUCUGCUUUUAUAGAAGGGUACCGUGUGUACCUGAAAUCGAAGGAGAUGCAGUGCCACCCAAAAGGGAAGAGGACGAUUCUCCCAGAUAAUUCAGUGCUCUGUGAAUAUGAAAUCAGAGACCCUGAUGAAAAGGCAUUCACUGUGGAAAACCUUCUGCCAGAAUCCCUUUAUGAGUUUCUCGUCACUCCGUAUACCAGUGCUGGCCAAGGCCCCAAUGAAACAUUCACAAAGGUCACGACUCCGGAUGAGAAUUCCCACAUGCUGCUGAAGAUCAUAUUACCCAUGACUCUCUUCAUCUUGCUCAUCAUCAUUGUGUGCUACUGGAAAAGCCAGUGGGUGAAGGAGAAGUGUUAUCCUGAUAUUCCAAAUCCAUAUAAGAGCAGCAUCCUGUCACUGAUAAAAUCCAAGAAGAACCCCCACUUAAUAAUGAAUGUCAAAGACUGCAUUCCAGAUGUCCUUGAAGUUAUAAACAAGGUAGAAGGCCCCAAGACACAGUGCAUAGUCUCUGGGAAACCACACGCUGAAGAUGUAUCCAUUAAGCCUCCCUCCUCAGUGCCAACAGAAGACGGCCUCUCUGGCCCUGUGCCCUUCAUCUUCUUCGAGAAUUUUACUUAUGAUCAGUCAGCUUUUGAUUCUGGUUCCCAUGGCCUCGUUCCAGGACCCCUAAAAGACACUCCAUGUCAACUUGGACUAUUGACCCCACCUGACAAGUUACUAAAUGUUCUAGAAAAAGAUUACAUGAAGUCCCUGGCGGAAAGCCCAACUGAAGAAACUAGCUUGAUUUAUGUGUCUCAGCUGGCUUCACAUAUGUGUGGAGACAAGGACAGUCUUGCCACAAAUCCACCCAUGCCAGUGCACUGUUCAGAGUAUAAAAUGCAAAUGGCAGUUCCGGGGACAUUCCCACCACUUGCUCUGAGUGAGAAUAGCAGCCUGACCUCAACGAUAUUUUUAGGUCAAGGUGAACAGUAAGAUUAACUACUACCAACCCAGUUCAUACACUACAAGCACUUUUGGGGAUGUGGCUGGGUACCAUGCCAACACUAUGUGCCCUGGGCCUUGACUCCAGGAGCACCUACUAUCUGCAGCACUAAUUUAUAAAAGAUCAUUACAGGUUGACAAACUAAAGACCAGAGCUAUACAACUUGGCAUUUGCCCUGAAGGCUUCCUUAGAAAUGGCACAUGCUGACCUUGUUAUUUGCUCCAGGCUCUCCCUAACACAGUAAGCCUGACCCUGACAUAGGAUACUCAUCAGCAAUUUCACAGACCCUGUCUACUCGGGAUUGCACAAAGUGGCUGUGGUCCUAGAAUUACGGUUUGCCGUGAGAGAACUUCAUGUAAACUUGACCUAAUGUUUACUAUUUUAAGGAUAAAGCAGCUGGAUCAAAUAUUUUUGAUUAAUGCCACAAGAGAUUUAUUAGUGCUAUUGUGCAGACUUAUCACAUUUAAUGGAAAGGUUACAAGCUAGAUUUUGGCCUUACCUUGGAGUGAGAAUUUGUAGUUACCGAUAAAGUAAAGGAACUCUAUUGGUGCCUACACUGAACCUAAUAGGUAGGGCGUAUGAAUGGGACAGAAAGAGUCUUCACAGGUCUCCUGCCAUCCAAUUUACUGUGGUAACAGGAUCGCAAAGAGCUCACGACUUAGUGUGCAGAUGACAGCAGCCUGUUCAGUAGAUUACAGUCUUCCUCCUUAAUUUCUGACUACCUCAGAAUAGAAAAAAAAAAAAAAAAAAGGACAUUUCAUUGAGAGAUUCCUUUCGCAUUUAAUGUCCCUGCCCCAAAGCUGUAUCUAAACGAACUAUUUCCACACAUUGUCUGAUUCAAGAGAAUUCUGCCUCAUUUACAUUCCUGACAUACUAUGUAGCUGCAAUAUGGGUAUAAUACAGCUCUAACCUUAAAAUGUUCUAUGGAGUUAAAAGUUAGUUCAGUAUUGGCCCCAAGGCAGCAUGUCUUCUCAGACAAUACACUUGUCCUACCUGUAACUUUCUACAUCAAGAUCCAGUCGAUUCCAGGAAGACAAUAUUUAAAAAAAAAUGUCUGUACCAAACUCAUAUAGAUUUUUACUUGUUAUUCCUUAGAUGCAGUAUUAACAAUUUCUAUAGCACUUACAUUUGUCAGGCAUUAGUGCAUGGCACACAAAAAUACCCACUAUACACAACCAUUAUUUUUAGAUAAGGCCUGGACUUCUAUGGGGCUUGAUAACAGCCUAGCUCCUGUAAACAAUCUCAGGAAGGUGUUACAUACAAUAGCUGGACAGACAGGUAGGUGUUCAAUAUAUUAUCUUCUUCUUGAUGUUUGUCACAUUGUAAAAUAAGAUAAAGAGAGGUUCCUUUUACCUUGUUCACUGUGAAUAUGGUGGGAAGGAUGAUUGUGCACACGCAUGGCCAUUACCAACACUGCAGCAAUAUCCAUAUGGCCUGUGCCCUCAGAAAAUAGCUGACACCAACCAUACAUGCUAUGUUAAAGCUGCACAGUCUUUUCUUGCCUAUAACUAAGCCUUUUGUUAGAGAAAAUGGUUCUGACCUAACCUAGUGCCAGACAGUAUCAUGAACAGUCUAGUUGGGAGGCAACUUUGGUCAGUCCUGCCAAUACUGUGUCUAUGUUUUUCUAUCACAGUAUUUCUCACUGGAAACUUGUACCCAGAAAUGGUAAUGACAAUGAUUUGUAAGUACAUUCUUUCAUUUCAAUUUUGUUUAAAAAAUAAUCCAUGAAACAAAAAAGUUAUUUUUGCUGUUUGGAUAAAGUCCAAAUUAAAA